AUGUCACGUACGUGCUCUUUCCCCAGUCGCUGCUGGUUGACCAACUAUAUACCAGUUCCCUCUGAAAUCCGCGCAAAGUACGUCAGCAUUAUCGACUCAAUUCUCGAGAAUGCCGAUCUUACAACAAUUACGAGAAAGAGUAUCUUGAAAGGUAUUCAAGAUCGCAUCGAAUAUGACAUAACCCCGCAGAAGGCCGCUAUCAAGGACUUGAUCGGCGAGCGAUUCGACAUCAUCAACGCUAAGAGCAACGGCGAUGGCGACAUGGACACGUCUGUGGUGCCUUCGGUCGAGCCCGCAGACCCGCUUCCCAAGACCAACGGUGUUCAUCACGCCCAACCCUCGGUCUCGAGUUCACCCGCUAAGCGUGAGGCUGGGAGUGAGGAUCUCUCAGAUGUUGUUGACACAGUCCCGCCCAAAAAGAAGCGCAAGGCAAGCGUUGAUGCAGAUGCGGCCCUUGCGGCCAAGCUACAAGCGGAGGAAGAAAGGUUGGCCCGACCUACUCGAGGCGGUGCAAGUCGAAAGGUAGCACCAGUCAAGAAGAGAAAAAAGGCCAAGAAACCGCGAGUGACCGGGUCAGACGACUCGGACUUGGACGAAGGUGGCAACAGGUCUGAGAAGCCGAGGAGAAAUACAGGAUUCCAUAAACCACUGAAUUUAUCUCCAGCUCUAUCCAAUCUUUUUGACGGCGAAACGCAGUUAUCUCGACCUCAAACGACUCAAAGGAUAUGGAAACAUAUCAAAGCAAAUGGACUUCAAGAUCCCAACGAUAAGCGCUACAUUAUCUGCGAUGACAAGAUGCGCGAAGUGUUUCGGCAAGACAAGGUUCAUAUGUUUACCAUGACCAAGCUCAUCUCCCAGCAAAUGUACAAUCCUGACGAAUGA